AUGAGCUCUUCAACUGGUGCCGCAGAGAACUCCAAGCGUCGGGACAACAAACCACUCAAGAGACCGGAUAUGUCUGAUCCCAAUACCCUGGUCAAGCUGACUUGCACUGCUGAGGGCGAAGAUUACCCCUUUACGGUUCACAAAGAAUACGCCUGUUUCCACUCUUCCGUCUUGAACCGAGCGUUCAACAGCGAUUUUAUCGAAGGCCAGAAUCAGGAGUACAAAUUCGAUGAGGCGAUCCCAAGAUAUCCGAUCAAGCUGCUGGUUCAAUGGUUAUACCAAGAACGCUGCAAGCUCGUACAACAGACCGAAGGAUGGGGCUAUGAUAUGGAGGUUGCAGAGCGCGAAAAGAUUGUUGAGGAAGAGGACAUGGGCUUAGUUCAACUGUGGGUUCUUGCCCAAUUCUUGAUCAUGCCUAAACUUCAAGACUGGAUCAUGGACGGUAUCACGGCAGCUUCCUUCUACAAAGCCGCUGCUCCUACAAAUACUUUCCCAUGGGUUUACGACAAUACGGAGGUUGGCAGUCCCUUGAGGAAGGUUAUGGUUUUGCUCUCUUCCGCUUAUCUCCACUCGGCACCCUUCAGAGAGAACUCGCAACAUUAUCCCCACGAAAUGCUGGUGGACUUACUGAUGUACCAACAAGAGCAAGUCGCCGGAACAAACAUGGAUGCAUACGAAGCUAUCAGAGAAGUGUGCUAUUUCUGGCAGGGUUAG